CAACACAGUCAGUUCUUUCUUCGCAUCCAAUCGGCUCUGAUCGCUUCCGCAGUAGUUUGCUGGAAAGGAUCUGGUCUCUUUCCCUCGAGAACAAGUGCGUGUUUUGUGAGUGUGUAAAGGCUCCGAGAAGCAGUUUACCGCAAAAGCUGUGCUUAGUGAACCCCAUAGUAAACGCCGUUUGCUUCAACAUGUUCAGAUUUAUUCUUCUAUCAACGUUGCUGGUCGCCGCGACCGCGCAGUACAACGGUGGAUACCACCGGGACCCGAAGACGGCCGCCAUCCUCAGCGAGCAGCGGUAUCUGUCCGGUGAUGGAAAGUUUGGUGCCGCUUACACGCAGGAGGACGGUACCGACUUCAAGGAGGAAACCGAUGCCGAUGGUAACCGCCGUGGCUCGUACAGCUACGUCGAUCCGACCGGCCAGCGCCGUACCAUCUCCUACGUUGCGGGCAAGAAUGGCUUCCAGGCUUCCGGCGAUCAUCUUCCGGUAGCCCCACCGGCACCACCACAGCCCGCCCCGCAGCCCCAGUACCAGCCGCAGCCUCAGUAUCAGCCGCAGCCCGCCUACAACGGUGGCCGCAGCUACGACGAUGAUGGCCAGUACGAUCCACGCUGGAACGACCCUAACUUCAGCCAGAACCAGUACUCCGCUCCAGCACCAGCACCGGCCCCAGCACCGGUACACAACUACCAUGCCGCUCCGGCUCCGGCCGCCCCCGUGCCACAGUACAACCAGCACAACUACGCCCCACAGCCACAGCAGGCUCCGGCCUGGACCACCACCCCAGCCCCGCACCGCUUCCAGCCACCGGGCAAGCUCCAGCUGAACCGAACCCCGGACGGCUACAGCUACACCUUCAACAAGGUCUAA